AUGUUAAAAUUAUUAUUUAUAUUCUCAAUUUUUUCUCUAUAUUUUAAUAAUUCUUCAGCAAGUUAUGCUGAAACCAAAUUAUUUACAGAUUUAUUAACAGGUUUAGUGAUAAUCAAAAUAAAGUUUUGAAAAUAGAAAGUUGAGUUUUGCAGGAUAUAAUCCACUAGAAAGACCAGUUCAAAAUUCUUCGCAACCAUUAGUUGUGAAAAUUAAACUGUUUCUUCAGCAAAUCUUAGAUAUCGAUGAAAAAAAUCAAAUAGUUUCUAUAAAUGCAUGGUUAAGUUAUACAUGGAUGGAUUAUAAACUUCGAUGGAAUCCACAAAAAUACGGUGGAAUUCAAGAUAUUCGAUUUCCCGGAUCAUCAGAUCAUAUUUGGAAACCUGAUGUUUUACUUUAUAACAGGUAUGAUUCUAAUAAAAAUUCAAAAUUUAAAUAAAAAGUUUAAAGCGCUGCCGAAGAUUUCGAUUCAACUUUCAAAAGUAAUCUUCUAACUUAUAAUACUGGAAUGGUUGUUUGGAUUCCUCCAGGAGUUUUGAAAUUUGUAUGUCAACUUGAUGUUACUUGGUGA